AUGCUUACUGAUUUACCUGUUGAUAUCCUCGAGUGCAUUCUAGAAUACAUCAAUGCAGAGUCACUUUUGGAGCUAUCUCGAGUGUCAAGGUUCUUUUAUAAUAUAGCAAAUGAUGAAUACGUGUGGAAGAAAAAAUGCUUUGAUCAGUUUAAUAUUGCUCAUGAUAUCGCCUACAGAAAGGCUGGUUGGAGAAGGCUUUAUUUAGCCUUGAGAAACCCAAGAGUUUAUACUUGGGGCAGAAAUGAUGAUUUUAGACUUGGUUUAAAAUCCACAGAAACAUCUACGUUUACAGUAGAAAUAAGUAAGAGAGAGCAACGUAUACGGGCAGGAAGUGAAGUGGCUGAACCGCAAGAAGUAUACUCACUAAGAGGGAAAGGUAUUGUUGAUAUCGUAUCUGGUGGCUGGUCAUUUCAUGCAUUAGACAGAUUUGGUUACGUUUGGUUUUGGGGAAUACUUUCAAAGAUGCAUUCGUUUAAUACUCAACGUUCUAUUGGAGCGGACAGUGUAAAGAUACCUACGAAAUUACAAACACGCGUGCCAGACGAGCAUAAAGUCAAGUUCAAAUCGGUUGCCAGUGGUCGAGGUCAUGCCAUUGGCUUGGCACAGGACGGUUCUGUUUGGCACUGGAGUAACUGCCAUGUGAUACAAAAAGUAAACCUACUCUCUGCAAAUAGUAAAGUAGUGCAAGUGACAGCCAACUGGUCUUAUUCGUCUGUCCUGACUGAAGAUGGCACAAUUUUUAUCGUUCCUCACCCAUUAUACGUGUCUCGUAUGGAUAUACAGAAUGACUUUGAACCAAUACUUGCUCCAACCGUCGUCAGCAUGGGCGUACCCUCAAGUGCUAUACUACAGGAUCCAAAGGACCAAGUGAUCCAAAUCUGUGGACUAGACAACUACACUAUGGCCCUCACUAAAUAUGGUCGCGUGCUCAAAUUGGCAACGAAAAAUGAUAUGGCCUUUGCGACAUCCCCUGAACAGUUUGUCACUUUCCUCACUCAUUUUAGCGCUUCGGAAAGGGAAGUUAGUGAUAGACGAGGCCAGGUGAAGCGAUUUAUUACUGGUUCUUUUGAAAGCUUUGCUGUCUAUACAGAUGACGAUCGUGUCCUACUGGGGAGCAUACAUUCUACACAAGACUCUGAACCAAGACGAUUGACUGGGCUCGAUCAUAAGCAAGUGUGCAAAGUGUCAUUUGGAGACUAUCACUAUGGAGCAUUGACAAGUAAAGGAGAGAUAAUGACAUGGGGAAAUUACAGUUCGGGUGCACUAGGUCAUGGCGCAAAUAAUCAAGAUUUGCGUGCUCCUCAGUAUGUAGAAUCAUUAAAACAUAUGUAUACAUUUGCAAUUGGCUUUGGUGGUUGGCAGAGUUCUGCUUUGGUGAUUAAUGUGGAUGAAUAA